ACUCUGUCAAUCUCCCCCCGAUGACAUUGACGAGCUAGUAGCGUGUUAUAAUGCUACUCUAAAGUCUGUUUUAGAUAAACAUGCUCCCUUGAAGAAUAAAGUUAUCAUUGAACGUACCCGUGUACCAUGGUUUAAUGAGGAAAUUAAAGAGGCGAAGCGGAAACGCAGGAAGGUUGAGAGAAAGUGGAGAGACACGAGGUUAGCCGCUGACCUUGCUGAUUUCAAGCAGAAGAGAAAUGUAGUGACUCGGCUAAUGAAUAAAGCUCGUCGAGAAUUUCAUUCAGAAUUUAUUGAUGCCCAUAGUGGAAAUCAGAAAAAGCUCUUCACUGGCACUAUGAAGUUAAUAAAUCAAUCGAAAACUCGUGACUUACCACCUGUCCCAGACAACGCUGUAUGCGCGAGCAGCAUUGGCAAGUUCUUCAAUCGAAAGAUUGCCAAUAUUCGAAAUGGUCGGAUCCUGUUACAAGUAAGACUCAAAUUAAUGCUGCAGCAGUUACUACGAUUGGCGUGUCUCCUUUUUCUGAUUUCAAUGUUCUAACGGAACAAGAGGUUUCAGCGCUGAUUAUGAGCUCAUCACGGAAAACCAGUCCAACUGAUCCUAUGCCAUCUAAACUAGUUAGUGAAUGUAGUUGUCUCCUGCCUGUUAUUACAAAAAUGAUUAAUACCUCUCUGCAAAGUGGUCAUUUUCCUGAUGACUGGAAAGAAGUUUUACUUUCUCCAUUGCUGAAAAAAGUAGGAGCUGACUUUACUUUUCAAAGUAAAGAGAUAAAAUUGGCUAAAGGAAUAAAGUACAAUUCUAAGCAGUUCUACGCAUACUUACGUAGUAAGAAAAAGUCCAAUCCCACUGUAUCUAAGUUGAAAAAGCCUAAUGGAGAAUUUACAACUAGUGUAAAGGAGUCUGCUGAUUUGCUUGUCAAAUCGUUUGCAACUGUUUUUACAAACGAGACUUCACUCACUCGCGAUUGUAACAUGGAUAUUAUCGCUGUUAAACAAAUUGAUCCACUAGUAAUUAGUGACUAUGAUGUGAAAAAUGAGCUGCUGGCUCUAGAUGUCUCAAAGUGUGCUGGGCCAGAUGGAGUUCAUCCAAAAAUUGUUAGAUUUUUAGCGGGAAAUGAUAAUUUUGUGAGUGCCGUAACAGCUUUAUAUAGAUCUAUUUCAGACAAUUCCCAGAAGCUUGGAAGAAAGCAAUUAUAA